UAUAGUCCAGCUGCAGAGAUUUAAGUGCUUCUGUUCACCUCUUUCUUUGUAGCUUUGACCUUGUUGCACCACUGACGAGCUGCUGACUGACACUGGAGGAGGGCUGUUUGUCACAACUUUCCUUUUCUGAAGAAGGAACUUUUAGGGGGAGGGGAACUGAAAAAUGACAGGAGCAAAGAGAAAAAAGAAAAGCCUCAUGUGGAGGAAGAUGCAUUCCCUGCACUGUGAAGACAUCAAACAGUGGUGUAGAAGGCGAAUGCCUAUUCUCCAGUGGGCACCCCGCUACAGCCUGAAGGAAAAUUUGAUUCCUGAUGCAGUGUCAGGAUUGAUGCUGGCUAUUCAACAGGUGACACAAGGAUUGGCCUUUGCUGUUCUUUCUUCAGUCCACCCGGUUUUUGGUUUGUAUGGAUCUCUAUUUCCUGCUAUUAUUUAUGCCAUUUUUGGAAUGGGACGCCAUGUUGCAACAGGAACGUUUGCUUUAACCUCCUUAAUAUCUGCCAAUGCGGUGGAGCGUCUUGUUCCUCACAUGAGCCACAACUUCACUCUUCCCAGUAAUUCUGGUGUAUUGGGUUUGUCCGAUUUUGAGAUGCAAAGGAUUGGAGUGGCAGCAGCAGUUUCAUUCCUGGGAGGAGUCAUUCAGGUGGCAAUGUUUGUGCUGCAGUUGGGCCGGGCCACAUUCCUGCUAACGGAGCCGGUGAUCAGUGCCAUGACAACGGGAGCGGCUACCCACGUGGUGACUUCACAAGUCAAGUUCCUCUUGGGAAUGAAAAUGCCCUACAUAUCAGGACCCCUGGGAUUCUUUUAUAUAUACGCCUAUGUCUUUGAAAACAUCAAGUCGGUUCAAUUAGAAGCCCUGCUCUUGUCCUUGCUGAGCAUUGUGGUACUCGUUCUUGUUAAAGAACUGAAUGAACAGUUUAAAAGGAAAAUUAAAGUUGUUCUUCCCGUCGAUUUAGUUUUGAUUAUUGCUGCAUCAUUUGCUUGCUAUUGUGCCAAUAUGGAAUACACCUAUGGACUAGAAGUUGUUGGCCAUAUUCCUGAAGGACUCCCUCCUCCCAGAGCUCCUCCCAUGGACAUCCUUUCGGAGGUGAUCACUGAAGCUUUUGGAGUGGCCCUUGUGGGCUACGUGGCCUCACUGGCCCUGGCACAGGGCUCAGCCAAAAAAUUCAAAUACUCAGUGGAUGACAAUCAGGAGUUUUUGGCUCAUGGACUCAGCAAUGUGAUUCCUUCAUUUUUCUUCUGCAUACCAAGUGCUGCAGCCAUGGGAAGGACAGCGGGACUUUAUAGCACUGGUGCCAAGACACAGGUAGCUUGCCUAAUAUCUUGUGUUUUGAUUCUUAUCAUCAUCUAUGCCAUUGGACCACUGCUUUACUGGCUGCCCAUGUGUGUUCUGGCAAGUAUCAUUGUGGUGGGACUCAAGGGCAUGCUCAUACAGUUCCGGGACUUAAAGAAGUAUUGGAAUGUGGAUAAAGUAGACUGGAGCAUCUGGGUCAGUACAUAUAUCUUUACAAUAUGUUUUGCUGCUAAUGUAGGACUGCUAUUUGGAGUGGGCUGCACUAUAGCUAUAAUGAUCGCCCGCUUCCCAAGAGCAAAGACCUUGAAUUUGAGAAGUAUGAAAGAAAUGGAAUAUAAAGUGAAAACUGAAACUGAUUCUGAAUCUUUGCAGCAGGUGAAAAUAAUCACAGUUAACAAUCCACUCAUUUUCCUGAAUGCCAGCAAAUUUCAUGCUGAUCUAAUUAAAAUAAUCCAGAAGGAUAAUACAAGCUCCCAGCCACUUGAUGAUAUUAAUAAGUGUGAACAGAACACACUGCUCAAUUUGGUUUCUAAUGGCAGCUGUAAUGGAGAAUCAUCACAACCACACUCCAGUGAGGGAUGUACUUUAAUAUUAGACUGCAGUGGUUUAGCCUUCUUCGACUACACAGGAGUGUCUAUGCUUACACAGAUUUACAUGGACUGUAGAAGCAGAAGUGUGGAUGUGCUCCUAGCACACUGCAAAGCAUCCUUAGUAAAAGCAAUGCAGUACAGUGGAAACAUAGAAUCUGAAAAACAAGUUUUCUUUGAAUCAGUACCUGCUGCAAUUGGGGCCGUCCACCUAAACAAAAAUUUAAGCAAGCUUAAUGAACACAGUGAAGUCUGAGACCUGCAUGUUACAAAAGGGCAAUCACUUAGCCACUCCACCAGACUAUCUAGUUCAUGACAUUUUCCAUCAUUUUUGCUAUGUCUUAGAUCAUAUAAGAAACACUUAUGCACCAGGUAUAAUAAGCAGAUUUAGUAGCUUGUUAUUGACCUGGGUUUUCCAAAGGGUUUUUUUUUGUUUGUUUGUUUUUGUUAAUCUCUGUCGUUCUUGAGAGAGUUCAUAUGUUGUUACCCCUUAAAGGUUAUGUAUAGAAUCUGUAUGCAUUU